AUGUCCGCAACCCCGGCGCACGGCCAGACGGCCAACGCCGCACCCUACACCGACGCUUCGCGCCAUUCCCUCGACCGCAUCCCCUCCCAGAACAAGGAGACCGACGCCAACCUCUACCCCGAGCCCGCAAACGCCGUCGAGGCCGACCUGGAAAAGGGCGGCUACGGCCCCGACGAGUCGGACGGGUCGAGCAAGGAGCAGAAGGAGGCCGGCGCCGCACCCACGGAUGGCACACCGGCAGACGCCGCCGCUGCGCCGCCCGCACCGCCUGCUGCGCCGCCCGGCAUGAGCCCGGCCGACUUCCCCGACGGCGGCCUGCAGGCCUGGAGCGUCGUCUUCGGCGGCUGGUGUGGCCUCUUCUGCACCUUUGGCCUCAUCAACUGCAUCGGCGUCUUCGAGACCUACUACGUCAACGGGCCGCUGUCCCACUACUCCCAGGGCACCAUCAGCUGGAUCCUGUCGCUCGAGACCUUCGUCAUGACCUUUGGCGGCCUCGUCUUCGGCCGCCUCUUUGACAGCUACGGCCCGCGCUGGCUGCUGAUCCUCGGCACCGUCGUCUACGUCUUCGGCCUCAUGAUGACCAGCCUGGCCACCGAGUACUACCAGUUCCUGCUCGCCCAGGGCGUCUGCGCCGCCAUCGGCUCGUCCGCCGUCUUCAACGCCUGCAUGGCCUCGGUCGUCUCCUGGUUCUUCCGCCGCCGCGCCGCCGCGUUCGGCAUCAUGGUCUCCGGCUCGUCGCUCGGCGGCGUCGUCCUGCCCAUCAUGCUCGACAAGCUCAUCGUCCGCGUCGGCUUCCCCUGGGCCGUGCGCGCCGUCGCCUUCUUGUUCCUGGGCCUGCUGGGCAUCGCCUGCCUCACCGUGCGCUCGCGCCUGCCGCCGCGGCCCAAGCCCCUCGUCGUCCGCGAGUACCUUGGCGGCUUCCGCGAGCCCGUCUACGUCCUCACCGUCGUCGCCUGCUUCCUCUUCUUCUGGGGCAUGUUUUUGCCCUUCAACUACAUUGAGCUGCAGGCCAAGGCCUCCGGCAUGAGCCCCACCCUGCUGCCCUACCUGCUGUCCAUCAUCAACGCCGUCAGCAUCGUCGGCCGCAUCGCCCCCGGCAUCGUCGCCGACCGCCUCGGCCGCUACAACGUCAUGAUUGCCAUCACCGCCUUGUCGGCCAUCAUCUCCCUUGCCCUCUGGAUCCCCGGCAGCAAGUCCACCGGCGCCAUCGUCGCCUACGCCGUCCUCUUUGGCUUCUCCUCCGGCGGCUUCAUCUCCCUCGGCCCCACCCUCAUCGCCCAGAUCUCCGACAUCCGCCAGAUUGGCAUCCGCACCGGCACCGCCUUUGCCGUCCAGAGCUUCGGCGCCCUCACCGGCUCGCCCAUUGCCGGCGCCAUCACCACGCACCAGAACGGCAGCUUCACCGGCCUGCAGUACUUUUGCGGCUUCACCAUGCUGGCCAGCGUCUUUGUCUUCGUCGUCGCCCGCGUCACCCUGGCCGGGCCCAGCCUCAUGAAGAAGGUGUAA